UCCCUCCACGCUCCAGGCUCCGCCCGCGCCGCCGCCGCUGCUGCAGAGAAGACCGUGGGAGCUGGAGCCGCUGUUCCCAGGAGCCACCCCGGGAAGAGAGACAGAGACGGAGACGGAGACAGAGGCAGAGACAGAGGCAAAAGCAGAGACAGCGGAGCCAUGGCGACGGCGCCAGCAGAGGCUGAGACCCGUCAGAGGCUGCUGCGCACCGUCAAGAAGGAGGUAAAACAGAUCAUGGAAGAGGCUGUGACUCGGAAGUUUGUUCAUGAAGACAGCAGCCAUAUCAUCUCUUUCUGUGCUGCCGUGGAGGCGUGUGUGCUGUAUGGCCUGAAGCGCCGGGCAGCGGGCUUCCUUCGGAGCAACAAGAUCGCAGCCCUGUUCAUGAAGGUGGGGAAGAGCUUUGCCCCUGCGGAAGAGCUGUCCCGCAAGGUUCAAGACCUGGAACAGCUGAUCGAGAACGCGAGGAACCAGCUCCAGGGUCUCCAGGAGAACGUUCGGAAGCUGCCCAAGCUGCCCAACCUGUCCCCCCAGGCUCUCAAGCACCUGUGGAUCCGCACGGCCCUGUUCGAAAAGGUCUUGGAUAAAAUUGUACAUUACCUGGUAGAGAACAGCAGUAAGUACUACGAGAAGGAGGCUCUCUUGAUGGACCCUGUUGAUGGCCCCAUCCUUGCUUCUUUGCUAGUCGGCCCCUGUGCCCUGGAAUACACCAAGAUGAAGACAGCAGACCAUUUCUGGACAGACCCCUCAGCCGACGAACUGGUCCAGCGGCACCGGAUCCACAGCUCCCACCUCCGGCAGGACUCUCCUACCAAGCGCCCGGCGCUUUGUAUCCAGAAGCGACAUUCAAGUGGCAGCAUGGACGACCGGCCUUCCCUCUCUGCCCGGGACUAUGUGGAGUCCCUGCAUCAGAACUCCCGGGCCACACUGCUCUACGGCAAGAAUAAUGUCUUGGUUCAACCGAGGGAUGACAUGGAGGCUGUUCCUGGCUACCUAUCUCUGCACCAGACUGCUGAUGUCAUGACCCUAAAGUGGACCCCCAACCAGCUGAUGAACGGCUCUAUGGGAGACCUGGACUACGAGAAAAGCGUUUACUGGGACUAUGCCAUGACCAUCCGCCUGGAGGAGAUUGUCUAUCUUCACUGCCAUCAGCAGGUAGACAGUGGUGGGACAGUGGUGCUAGUGAGCCAGGAUGGGAUUCAGAGGCCCCCGUUCCGGUUUCCCAAGGGGGGUCAUCUACUACAGUUUCUCUCGUGCCUGGAGAACGGGUUGCUACCCCACGGCCAGCUGGACCCACCGCUGUGGUCCCAGCGGGGAAAGGGCAAAGUAUUUCCAAAGCUCCGCAAGCGAAGCCCUCAAGGUUCCUCAGAGUCUACAUCUGACAAGGAAGACGAUGAAGCCACAGACUACGUCUUCAGGAUCAUCUACCCCGGCAUGCAGUCGGAGUUCGUGCCCCCAGACUUGAUCGAUGCUUCUGUGAGCAGCCUGCCUUCCAUGUGGCAGCCCAGUCCCCGGAAGUCAUCCUGUUCAUCCUGCUCCCAGAGUGGCUCCACAGAGAGCGGACCGUCUAAUGGAUGUAAUCAUGAGAGGGCCCCUCUGAAACUCCUCUGUGACAACAUGAAGCAUCAGAUCCUCUCCAGAGCCUUCUAUGGUUGGCUUGCCUAUUGUAGGCAUCUGUCCACUGUGAGGACCCACCUAUCAGCCUUGGUCAACCACCUGAUCGUGUCCCCUGACCUGCCCUGUGAUGCUGGCCAUGGCCUGACCAUGGGCAUCUGGGAACAGUACCAGAAGGACAGCACGAGUUAUGAAGAGCAGGAGCUGCUACGUCUGAUCUACUUUGGGGGGAUUCAGCAUGAGAUCCGCAAGGAUGUCUGGCCCUUCCUGCUGGGCCAUUACCAAUUUGGGAUGACAGAGGCCGAGAGGAAGGAGGUGGACGAUCAGGUGCAUGCCUGCUAUGAGCAGACCAUGGCAGAGUGGUUGGGCUGUGAGGCCAUUGUCCGGCAGAGGGAGAAAGAGUCCCAUGCGGCUGCCCUCGCCAAGUGCUCCUCCGGCGCGAGCCUGGACAGCCACCUGCAGAGGAUGAUGCAUCGGGAUUCCACUAUCAGCAAUGAGUCUUCUCAGAGCUGCAGUUCAGGAAGACAAAACCAUAUCCGUCUGCAGAGUGACUCCAGCAAUAGCACCCAGGUGUUUGAGUCUGUAGAUGAAAUAGAGCAGGUGGAGGCAGACAGCAGACAGGAUGACACAAAGCAGCCCAAGGUCCCCAAUGGGACAGUGGUUAAUGGCACCUGCUCCCCCGACUCUGGCCAUCCCUCUUCCCACAACUUCUCCUCAGGCCAGUCUGAGCACAGCCUCAGCACAGAAGACAGUGUCAUGGAACCACUCAAAAACACCCCUCCAUUGACAAGGUCUGAUGGACCCAGCGCCCAGGAUGGCCGCGAGCCGGACACUGCCACCCAGCUCAGGGGCAAGGCCCCGAGAGAGGAGCUGGCCAUCCAGGACAGCCUGGAAGGUGACUUUCUCACCAACGACAGCCUGGAUGAGUUCAUGUCUGUCCCCGGGAGCCUGGAUGUGGCCCUCCCAGAGAAGGAUUCUUCAGUGGUAGAAAGCUGGGUGGGCAGCGAGGCGGAGAAGCAGAGCCUGGUGGAGAGUGAGGACACCCUGUCUGAGGAGCCGGAAAUGGAAAGUCUCUACCCCCAACUGGAAGCCUUGACCGUGGUCGACUCAACAAUCACUGAGGCCUCCCCAGUAUCUUCGAGUGGAGUGACGUACUCUCCAGAGCUGCUGGACAUGUACACUGUGAACCUGCACCGCAUUGAGAAGGACGUCCAGAGGUGUGACCGGAAUUACUGGUACUUCACCCCUGCCAACCUGGAGAAACUUCGCAACAUCAUGUGCAGUUACAUCUGGCAGCACAUCGAGAUUGGUUACGUGCAGGGCAUGUGUGACCUCCUGGCCCCAUUGUUGGUCAUCCUCGAUGAUGAGGCCCUUGCUUUCAGCUGCUUCACAGAACUCAUGAAAAGGAUGAAUCAAAACUUCCCUCAUGGAGGUGCCAUGGAUACCCACUUUGCUAACAUGAGGUCCCUCAUCCAGAUUUUGGACUCGGAGCUUUUUGAGCUCAUGCACCAGAAUGGUGAUUACACACAUUUCUACUUCUGCUACCGCUGGUUCCUCCUGGAUUUUAAGAGAGAACUAGUCUACGAUGACGUCUUCUCCGUCUGGGAAACCAUUUGGGCUGCCAAGCACGUCUCUUCCUCCCACUAUGUCCUAUUCAUUGCCCUGGCCUUGGUGGAGGUAUACCGUGACAUCAUCUUGGAAAACAACAUGGAUUUCACAGAUAUCAUCAAGUUCUUUAACGAGAUGGCGGAGAGGCACAAUACUAAACAGAUCCUGAAACUAGCCCGAGACCUCGUCUACAAGGUUCAGACUCUGAUUGAGAACAAGUAAAGGGCUGACAGUGGUACCGGCAUCCCCUGGAAGUUCCUGCCCGAGGCUCUGGUUCCACACCUUCAAGAAAGACUUUGGGACCUGGCCAAAGACCCGGGCUGUUCCAGCAAGAGGAAGCGUCUCCUGUCUGGAUGUGCAGCAGGCAGGAGAGGGGUUUGUUCCUUCGGUCCAACUUUCUCCUUAUGUAUAGUUCAACCAAAGAUCUUGUCUUUGUCGGAAAAAGUCUCUUGUAGGGGGAGGGAGGGGAUGACUGGAAAAAGCAGGAAAAUGUUCCUCCUUUGCCUCAUUGCUCUUCCUCUCCUCCCUCAAGAUCCAUCUCCCCUGGUCCCAGUAACCCCGCCGUCUUCUGAAGUAGCAAUGGAGCCUUCCAGGAAGGGACCUGACCUCACCUUUAGGGUGGAGGCCGACCUGGCUGCCCCGCUGGGUCCUUUGUUCAGAAUGAGCAGGGGGCGGGGGAUGGAGGACCACAGAUGGCUAUAAUGAAGGUAUCCAAGUCCCUUCCACCUUCUUCCACCCACUGCCAAGGUCUGCCACCCCCAGCCCAGCCCAGACAAGGAAAAACCCAGAAAUAUCCAGGAUGGCCUAGUUUCCUUUCUGAUGUUUGGGUCUCUGUUCUAUGCUGCUCCCUCAUUCCCUCCCCCAGGAGGACACUAUUUUUUCCUUAAAGGGGAAACUUCCCGUUCCACACCUCAGUGCCACUCAAAGGUCUGGAUCCCAGCCAACAAGGGUUUCUUCUUGAGAGCUCUCAUGGGGGGCUAGCUAGGGCCUCCUCAUGGUGAACUCUGGGAGGGUGAACAAGAUUGGGGAGUCCUUCCUAAGUAUCCUUCUCCCCUCUUUUUUAAAAAACUCAGGUAGGAGGAACAGAAGAUGAGCCCUGUUUGAUGACUCAUCAGGGAGUUUGGGAGGUCUGGCUGGGUGGAGCCUUUCGAAGACAGAGUGGGGCUCAGGUGAGGUAGUUUCCCUAGAAAAGGUCCUGCUGAAGGGGGCAGCUAGGUGGCACAGUGGAUAAAGCACCGGCCCUGGAUUCAGGAGGACCUGAGUUCAAAUCCAGCCUCAGACACUUGACACUUGAUACUUACUAGCUGUGUGACCCUGGGCAAGUCACUUAACCCUCAUUGCCUGGCCAAAGGAAAAAAAAAAGGGUCUGGCUGAGAAGUUGAUCUGUGUUAGAAGAAGUCUGCACCCAAGACUCCUUCCUCUUCUGUUGUCCAUCUGGGAUGACCUCCAGCUACAGACUCAUCCUAAGUAGGUUUUCUCUUUCCCCUCCUUCCCUUCGAUGAUUUCGGUCUCCCCAGUGCCCUAAUUCUGAGCAAAGGCCCCAGAUCAGAGAAAGGCAGCCCCAAGUGGGAGAGUGAAGUUCCCUUCUCCGUCCCCUCUUCCCAGAAAACCAUUCGGUCCCUUUGUGUUUGACUCUCCCCCGGCCAUCUCAACCUGCCUAAAAUCUCUCCUGCCAGAUACAUAAAUAGCCCUGAAUUGUUCCAGGGAAACAAACCAAAUGUAUACAAAACAUGAGAGGCGACGGGAGUAGUGGAUACUCCUUAGAAUCAGAAAGAUCUAGAUUCAAAUCCUGCCUCAGAUGCUUAUUACCUACAUUAUCUUGGGCACAUGGCUUCCCCUCUCUGGGCCUCAGUUUCCUCUUCAUCUCUAAAAUGAGAGGGGGUGGACUGGCCAGUCUCUGGGGUCCCUUCCAGCUCUACAAAUCCUACAUACAAUGGGCCACUCAGCCUGUGUAUACAAUUAUUGUAUCGGAGAUGAGAGAAGCAGAAAUCUUCUAUGGGAGCCAUAACUCUCAUUUCCAGAGUUAUAUCAUAACUCUAUGAAGACAGCUGCCCCAGUUCUUAUUCCCAUUUUACAGAGAGGAAAGUGAGACUCAGAAGCAAAGUGACUAACUCAGGGUCACACAGCUACUGAGUGUCAGAGCUGGGAUUUAAUGCCAGGUCUUCUGGCCCCAGGUUCAGUUCAAUAAAUGUUUCUUAAGCACCAGCUGUGUGCUCAGUCCUGGGGAUACAAAACCAGAAAUAGAGCAGCCCCCCCAUUCUCCACCACAUCAUGUCUAGUAACAGUAUUUGCAAGGCAACAUCCAUUUCCUCCAGGAGGAAAAGGCUCUCUUGAUGUCUGCCCUGCCUUGUCCUCUCUCUCCCUUCUGAUGGAAUUGGGGUCUCUUCUCUUGACAUCAUCUUAAGAAGACCCUACUUGGCAAGCCAUGGGGAUGCCUGGGCUUCCUUACCCCGAUGAACCAUCUGUCUACAGUUUUCAGAGUCGACCUUAAGACAUCUGAAGUCUGAGUCCACACUGAUCCUGGCAUCCUCUUUUGUUCAGUUCAGCAUCUCCUAUCGCUUGUCAGGUGUUCAGGAACAAAAAACAAUCAAACACACACACACACACACACACACACACACACACACACACACACACACACACACACAUAUAUAUAUAUAUAUACAUAUACCUAUAAAGCUCCCUUAGAGAAAUGUUUAAAAACCCAAAUAUUCCCAAGUCAUUGUGGUUUGGACAAAGUACCUGAGAAACCCUGGACAAAAAAAAAAUCUUCUCCCUGUUCUGAUGGUUUUCCAGAAAGCAUCUCUUGGCCGUUCAACGGUUGUGUUUUUGGAAUACCUGGAACUUACCCUAUUUCUUGUACAUCUCAUGUGCUCGUGCAUCGCCAGAUUCAAACAACUGUGAGUCAUUUGGCAAAUGGGACUGAAGCUUUUCAGUGUUAUAUACUUAUCUUGUAAGUGUUUACCAGAUGUAUACAUACAUGUGAGAGGCAGGGUGGUAAAAUUCAGUGAGCAAUUAUUAAGCCCCUCCUGUGUUCCAAUUACUGGGCUAGGCACUGGGGAUACAAAGACAAAACAAAACACAGCCCCUGCCUUCAAGACAUUUAUAGUCCACUGGAGGUGCUUAUAUUUUAUAGGACAGACAGCUUAUAUGGCUAGACUUGGAGUCAGGAAGACCUGACUUCUAGUCUUGUCUCUUCCUAGAUGUAUGACCCUGGGCAAGUCACUUGACCUCUUUCAAACUUCUCUGUUAAGUUAGAGACAGGCUUCAAUCUGCUUGGGUGUAGGAAACCUCCAUUGAGAAACUCCCAGGUCCUUACUAUACUGAUAUCUCUAUAUAGACAAAUGUAGAGAAGUCUCUGGAGGAGGUCAAGCUAUUAUUAUCAUUUUUAUUUAUUUAUUGUGGGAUGAAACUUUUUGCUUCUGAAAACUGGAUGGCUCAUGCUUUCCUGCUCUUCUAAUGGUGUAUCCAGAUGUGAUUUUCUCAUGCCAACUUUUCUGUUAUUCCCAUGAAAAAUUACGGGCAGAGAAAGGACCCUUGACUCCCUUCUUCUUCUGUGUGAAUGGAUGUCCACUGGUCUAAGUCGUGGAUUGAACUAGGCUAUGGAACUGAACAUAGCCCUGAUCUGAAGUUUCAAUGUGUACAUAAAUAUAUAUAAAUACACAAAUGUAUAGGUAUAUAACAUAUAGAGAUAUAUUAGGUAACUUUGACUUAUUUAUUGCCUAACCUACCUCAUGGAGGGGGGUGAGGAUGGGCAUUUUUCAAUUUUGGAAUAUUUAAAACAGCCUUGGAGCUAGUUACUUGCCUGCUCUCUCAGGCAAGUGAAAUAGAAUGCUGGUGUUCUAUUUUUUUUUUAACUACUAGUAUCCACUCUCUCUCUCGGGAGAUUGAUUUAUGUGAGCUGGUCAGUUUUCAAGUCCUUAUUUAUGAGACUGGUUUAAAAUGUAUGAAGUGUCCUAUGUGUUAUCUAUCUAGUCCCUUCUUUGACUCAACUCCCAAGAUCAAAGGCAGUUUUCUAUAGAAAACACCUGUCUCUAAGGGGCUUCUAAAAAUGGGCAUCAGAGCUGUUCAUUAGCACUAGCCAACCGGGCUAGAUACUGAGGCAGCUUUGACCAAGGGUAGCAGCAGAUCCCACCUGCAGGAGAAAGGAACGGUGAAAUGCCAUGUUGGAAAUCAGACUAUACUUUCACAUCAUUGGGGAAAUUCCCAGCAUCACUCUGAGCUGUCCCAUGUGAACAGUGUAUAGAGAUGGAUGGACUUUUGAGUCAGUGGUUCUCCAAAGCUUCACAUUUUCACCAGCCCUACUAUCUCCCACAGACCACAUACCUCACCCCCAAAUUUCCUGAGUGGAUUGGGGAAAUGGCACCAUCUUAGGUGAGCCUGGUUUUUUUAAGCUGGCUAAAGUGAGGUAUUAAGUUGGUCCAGAACCACAAAUCCAGAUGCUAUCAGAUUGUAUACACACAUUCGAAUUCCAGAAUACCAGCAUGUAAAAAAAGCCAGAAGUGACUUUUGGACCCUAUUUGAAGAACUUCUUUAUGAGAAAGAGUCCUUUGGCUGAUAGACCCUUGUUGUGGAACAAGAAGGAAGGUCCUUCAUGGGGACCCAGAGAUUAAUAAUACCCCGAGAAGUUUUCCCAGGGGCAGCUAGGUGGCGCAGUGCUUAAAACAUCGGCCCUGGAUUCAGGAGGACUUGAGUUCAAAUCUGAACUCAGACCCUUGACACUUACUAGCUGUGUGGCCCUGGGCAAGUCCCUUCACCCUGUUUGCCUCAGUUUUCCCAUCUGUAAAGUGAGCUGGGGGCAAACCCCACUAGUAUCUUUGCCAAGAAAACCCCAAAUGGGGUCACAACUGAAACAACUCGACAACCACAACGAACUACAUUUUUGGUUUUAGUGACACUUUUUCGUUUGGUCCUUCUGAUGGUUACUAAAGGAAAUCUGUGGGAUGAGAGAUGUUCCUGAGGUACCCAUGGCCUGUGGCCCCUCCACCAGCCUUAUUGUUCCAUAAUCUGCCGGUCCCCUUGUUCUGAUCUUGUUCCAAAUCUCCGUUUUCAUGCUGUUUCUUGUUCUGCCAGCCUCACUGUUCCGUAUCCCAACAGACCCUUUCCUCAAUAGUGUUCUUCCAGCAUCCUCAUUCUUAUAUUGCAACACCCCAUCCUAUUAUCAUCCUGGUAUCCUGCUGGGUCCAUUCUUCUGCCAUCAUUCAGCCAGCUUCACGACCCCCUCAGCCUUAGUUCCGUGUACACAGGCCUAUAGCCAUGUACCAGAAUUUCCCUUUGAUGCUUGCAGACCCACGUUCGGACUCCGCCUCGUGGGAAGCGGGGCGCCCACGUACCUGUUGAACUCGCACAAAUGCCUAAUCUAAUGCACUACUGCUCUCCUUGUUCUCGAUGAUAUAUUUUUACUAACAACAAAAAAGUCUAAGUUAAUAUUCUUGCUUUUUGUAAAGGACUUCUUACAUAACUGCAUUCAUCUGAACUCUCUGUAGUCAUGGAUGAAGGAGUGGCCACAUCUUCUUUAAGCAUUCCUGAACAUGUGAGUUUGGGGAGUAUGUGGUCUUUGUCCCUAAAAUGUAUGUAUGUGUGUGUGUAUAUAUGUGUGUGUAUGUUUGUAUGUUUCAGGCAUCUUUGCCUUUUGUGGUGUUGAGACUGAAAAUAAUGUUUCUGUGGGAGAUUUCAUGUGGAUUGGACUAAUUCCACUUAUGACCAAGAUGGUGGCACACAGGUGUUUGAGUGAUGCCCUAGCAUGAUUUCCCUUCUCUUUCCUAGGCCUUUUCCUCUCCCAGCCAACCAAAAGUAAGACCACGGGUUGUUUCUUUAUUUUGUCACAAAGAUGAUACCAGAAGGGUGAGAGCCUUUCCUGGGUGGGUUGGGAAGAAAGAGAAAGCCACAUUGUUUCCACCAUUAAGCACUCUACUUAAUCCCUACCUCCCCACAUUUCUGAGUGGGUGCACAAGUGUUUCCCAGCUCCCCUUUCCAUCUCUUCCCUUCCCUUCACCCUUUGUUUUCCUCCCUCUCCUUGGAGACUGAUAUGGUGAGCAGGCAACAUAGUGGAAAGAAUUAUCAAAUCUGGUGUCAAAGACCUCUGGGUUUGAUCCAUGACUCUACUGUUACUGCCUGCAGUGUGAGACCUUCAGGAAGUCACUUAAAUUUUCAGUGCCUCAGUUUCCUCCUCUGUAAAAUGAGAUUAUUGGUCUGGAUGAUCUCUAAGGUCCCUGAUUUUAUAAUUCUCUCCCGGGAGUAGCCCAAGAUAAUAGGUUCAUUGUCCCUCUUCCUGCCCCCCCCCCCCCCCCCCCCCCGCCAUUUAUUAAGCACCUUCUGCAUUCCAAGUGAAAGGCCUUGGAGUCGGCUCUGACACACACUAGCUUUGUGACCUUGGGCAAGUCAUUUAAGCUUUUGUCGAACUAGGCAAGUUUCUGAGACUGUAAAUUGUGAUACUCUGCAUUAAUAGAGGGGAUUUCUUCAUUGAGAGUUCCCUACACCAUUGAAAUCUCAGGUCCAGCCUUCCCCCUCCAAAAAGUGUUCCAGCAUUUCUGAACCUGGACCAUAAUAACUGGGGGAAAAAACCUUUUAACUAAGCUUUGAAACUUUGGGGAAAAAAGGUGAUCCAGAGACUGUAGGUGCUGGACCUACAAAGACAAAAAUGAAAUGUCCCUGCCCUCAAAAAGCUUGCAUUCUAAAUAAGAAGACAGAAGGCUUACAUGGAUAAGUGAAUGCAAAAUACAGGAGAUCCCCAAAGUCAGUGCAACUUCAGCUUUAUGAAUAAAUUCAACCCAUACCAAGACAAAAUAAAUCAUAUUCCCUUUACACAAUAAAUGCAGUGGAAUUUGGGGAAGUGGGGCCCCUGUUACCACAAUGGGGGAGGAACCAGAAUCUCUUCCACUCACUUUUCCUCCCCCUCCCUCAUCCCUCCAGUCCUUUUCUUUCCUUGGGCUAUUUGCCUGGUCCUUCCUGUCACCCAAACUUCAUUGGCAUUUCAUCCUUGACCCACUCUUUCUCCUUUGAUUGUUCAUUUUAUAUUUUAUAUUUGUUUGGGGACUUUGGAGAAGUGACAGGGGCCCGGGAGUAGAAAUCAAAUCAUGUCAUUGUUAGAUUUAGUGCUACAAAGGUUAAAGGUCACUCACCUUAAUUUACAGAAAAGAAAACAGAGUCCAGGAAAGGGGGAGUGAGUUGCUUUAAGCCACGUGGCUAACAAGUAGCAGAGACAGGAUUCAAACCCGGGUUCUCUUCUGGUUAAGGCUCAGAAUGAAUGGAGACCAUCUCUUAUGCACUUACAAAACCCCUGAGCUUCACUUACUCAAAAUGGUCAGUGACUUGGAGGUUUAUAGGGCAUGGAUUCUCCUGGAAAUGAGACAGGCCCUCCGGGUACCGGAAGGAUAACAAGGUUGGUGUGUGGUGGGUGGGUAGGACCCUGAAAUGUUUACCUUAGAGGACCCCAGGCUACAGCCUAUGGGAUGUUAGGGCAUUAGGGAUGAGGAGAGAGUUGUUAAUAGCCCAAAGGCACGUACACAAUAGCACAAUUCAAUUCUCUCUGAAGUGCCGACUUCCCAUCAGGAUUACACCUCCUGCUCCUUAACACCAGCAAAGUGAGGUGACCAGAGAACCGUCAGCCUGGACUGCUGAAAUUGACCCUGAGACCUCCCUGCUUUGGGAUCCUAUCUCAAUAAAUGGAUGACCUGUCCAGCUGUUACCUUCAGUAGCCAUUCCCCUGUCCAGAAAUAAACUAGGGGGGGGGGGCCUUCUUCCUAACCUCCUCCUUGUCUCCCCCAAGACCAGAUCCCAUUCUAACAGGGGACUUCUUCUAACUUGGAAUACCCUUGGUAGGAAAGGCACUGACCACCACCACCCACGUACUCCCUAGCCAAAAAUCCACAAAGAUCUCUGGUUAAAUAGCCCAUGAGAGCAGGCUCCACUUCAUGGAAGCCUUGGUCUUUUUCAAAGUAAAUAAUGCAUAUGGGCCUUGGUGUCUCCAUUCCAUCUCCAGGGUGAUGCUGGGCUGCCGUGUCUCUGGCUUGGAUGCUAUCCUGGUCUGGGGGAGGGGGGGGGAAUCCUUCUUAUGCGAUCAGUUGAUGUUGUGGCUUUUAUGGUAUCAUGUAACCGUGUCACCAAUUUAUGAGCACAUGCGAUCUCUGUGUGGUGGUUUAAUAUGUUUAAUAUGUUUUAUAUGGGUCUUGGCCCUGCUUUUUUUUUAUUAUUGUAAAGUGUUCUUUACUGUUCCAAAAAAAAAAAAAAGUUGCGAACUCUGGUCCCUGUGGUCUCUGUGUUUUCAGAACAAUAAAAUCAUUACUGGUUGGUC